GUUUGUAUAUAUAUAAUUAUAUUUUAGUUAAUAAAGUUGUUUAGAUAAUAAAAUUUAAUAUGGCGUACACUUGUGUUGUUAUUGGAUGUAAAAAUACAAACUGCAAGCUUAAAAAAUGGGACAAGGAAAUGUGUCAACAACAUGGUUGUGUUCGUUCUGAAGGUCUUUGUACUUGCUUAAAACCUUUUUUGUUCAACAAAUUUCCCAAUAUUAAAAAAAAUGCAGAGCGUCGUGAUCAGUGGCUCAAACUUAUAAAUAGAAAAACAGUAACAGAUAAAUUAUGGCAACCAAGCAAAGAUGCGUGUGUGUGCUCCAUUCAUUUUACUGAUAGUCGACCAACCGAUGAACAUCCGAAUCCUACUAUAAAUCUAGGAUACGAUUCAAAGAAAAGAGAGGCUUUGUUUUCUCUUGUUCUAAGUAAGAGACGUUUCCAUCUAAGCAAUUAUUUCCUUUCACAAAAAAGUCUAGAGUUAAUUCUGUUAGCAUUUGUCAUGAGCCUGAAAAUGCAAUAAAAGAAAAAUUUAUUGAAACUUCAAGCUGUAAUUUGAAAAACGAUGAGCAAGGUCAAAGCAGUAUUCAAAAUGAGUCGCUGGAAUUUGAAGAUAUAUGUUUUGAGUACACUAAAAAUGAUAGGGAAAAUGCAAAUAAAUCAUUGACUAUACAAGAUAUUUUUGUUCUUAUAGUAGCAUUAGUGUCUACUAUACAUACAUUGUUAUGCUGCAUACAAAAUUUACAUUCCCAAAUUGAGCAAUUGAAGAAAAACCUAAAAGAGCCAAUUUUCAAAAAACUACUUAAUGAAAACAACUGUAAAUUUUAUACAAACAUAGCUCAAAUUGAGUUGUUUCAUAAAUUGCAUGACAAAAUUAUGCCACUAAUAAAAAGAAGAC